UUCAGUCCCGAGUGAACCGUGAACCGUGGCGGACGUGUUUUCCGCGUACGCGCCAAGAGUCAACUCAAUUUGUAGCCCGCGAAGCCGGUCUCGCGCAAAGAAUUCCACAAGUGUGCGGUAGAGGUAAAAGUUUUAUGGUAAAGGUGUGCUAUAAAAGCCGCGCACACACAACCCUAAUUGAAGUUCAAAGAAUAUAAAGGGUUUUGCGGGCGGUGAGUAAUUCCGUCGUGUGUUACCUGUUGGGGCAGUGGGUGUUUGUGUGUGAUAUUACGUUACUUGAGGAAGUCUGUAAGCCCCUUUAAGUAAGUGUAGUGUAGUGGAUACGCGAUACGGUUCGUGUCACGUCUAGAUGUUUUCGAUUGUGAGAAGAGAUUGUGCAAGUCUAGAGAGUGGAAGAGCCGUUCUACAGAUGUACUAGCCAUCUGGAGAGCACUUGAGCCCGGAGUUGUUUUGUACGUAUACUGCUCGUAGUGCACCCAAGUUCUGGUGGUGAAUGGAAGUGAUAAAUAAUCGCUAGAAGGGAAAGAAGGAAACCCUGAAGAAGACCAAGUAGCCGCCGGACGGACGGACGUCGCGGGGUCACCCAGAUUGUGUAAGAGGAGUGGAAGCUAAGAAGAUCCCCGCGUAGAACGCAGCGUGCCUGGGCCAAGAACAAGCAUAGAGUUCAACACAGAGAGUUAAUGAAUGAAUGGAAAGCCGACCAAAGAAUCCGGGGAAAGAAGUUUGUCGGUCGGUCAUAAAUAUCAGUAUCAACGAGAUUCUCCGAAGAAGCUGAAAAGCCGACUUGUGCAUCGCUAGUGAUACAUGUUAAAGGAGAAUACAAAAAUUUCAUCGGAACCGCUCAAAAAACUUGGUCACUUAUCAUCCCUGGGACAAGCUUUGGACCGUCAAUCAAAAGUGUCAGCACAUUCAGGGAGAGCCUGCUGCCAAGCGGUCCAAAAUCAUCGCGCGAAAAAAGAAAACCGUACAAAAAGUUCCAACAGCAGCAGAAAAAGUUGAUGCAAAUUUCCUGAACCAAACCAUUACUGUCUUGAGCCCGCGCUGUUGGAGUUCAUCGUGAGUUAAGGAAGCAAUAAAAAAAAGUGUCGAAGUAAAACAGUGUGAGAAAAGCAAAAAAGUUCUUAAACGAUGCUGCCGGAGAAAAGUUUAAACCCGGAGCGGAAGUCGAUUGCGCGCAAAAAGUCGAUGGAAGUCUAACGAAGAACCAACCAACCGACGAGAGUGUGUGCGGCUUGUCACUGUCGCGCAACAAACUAGUACUUAAGUUUCUAAACUUGACAGGCACAGUUGUGUGUUUGUGGUGAACGAGCAAACGAAAAAAAAAAUGCAUAAUUUAAGCCGCCCAAGGAGGAGGCCCCACCGGCGGUGGCAACCGGCUGUGAUAUGUUUGCUUAUAAUUGUGCAAAUGGUGCAUUUUGGAGCAACUAACGAAGCAUACGACAUGCUCGACGACCUGAUGGACCAGAAUGGGUCGCCGGAAGUUUUACAGAACCAACCUGAUUUCGAUCUCGAUUCCGGAUACCCGGGAAUUAGUCCAACAAACGAAGCGAACGACAUGCUCCGAGACCUGAUGGUCCAGAACGGGGCACCGGAAAUCCUGCAGAAUCAACCGGACUUUGAGCUCGAGGUGGACUCCAUGAUGGAGCUGUCCUGCCAGGGUACGGAACCGGUCAAGUGGAUCAUCAAGCGGACUCCCGAUGAGGAUAUCGAACCUGAACCUGAAGUCCUGCAAAUUGAGGAAUUCAAAACUGGCGUCGCUGAGAAGCCUUUUGGUAGUCGAGUGACCAUUCUCAAGGCCACGCCGGAAAUCGUUGGACGGUACUACUGUCUGUACGAAUCGGCAGAAGAUACCGUCGAUGACCUCGCAGAGUUGCCUCCGCUGUACAAGGCGGACAGCACCUACAUCUUCGUCAAGGAUCAACAGAUGGUACCGGUGCUGAAUCCAGUCGUGCACGGCGUUCAGUACGCCGAUGUCAUCAUACCGUGCAAACCUUCCUCCAAGGAUGGGAUGGUCGAACUGGUCAAGGACGAACACGAGAUGCCGGUCAACCACGGAGGCUUCUCCAACACGCGCGGCUUCACCAUCCUGGUCAAGAGUCUGGAGCAGAGCGGCCUGUACAAGUGCCGCUCGCUGAACAACACCGAAAACGAGUUCCACUUUGAGCUGCACGUCAACGAAGCCUAUGAUUACGACCAAGCCAUCACGGAGUACAUCCGAAAGCCCCAGAUCGAACCCCAGGACGAUGCGUUUGUGAAAAAGGGUGGCACGCUGAAGCUCAACUGCACGGUCAACGUGGCCCACGACGUUCAGUUCAACAUGUGGUGGCAAAAGUCGGAUAAGAAGCGGAUUGAAACAGAUUCGAGGUUCACCGUGAGUUCGGUUUCGGCGGAGCAGCAUCCGGAUUUGGCGCACAACAAGCUCGGUCGGAUCGAGCUGACCGUUAAACGGGUUACGGUCGAGGAUGCAGGGUAUUACUGGUGUCAGGUUAGGGACCACAACAACCACGAGAACAAUCGAGCCGUCAAAGUGUACGUCAUCGAUCACGGAGAAGACUUCAUCAGGCUAACCGAGGACAACAACUUGAGCUUCAUCAACGUUUCGAUCAACAAACGGGACGUGAGGAUCAGGAUCAAGUACUCGGCCUAUCCAACGCCGGUCUUCUACUGGACCAAGGACAACGACGAUAAGCCACUGAUUCACGGUGAAAAGUACGAAGUGAACGUCAGCACCAAGGACGUCACGUUGAUCAUCAACCGACCGGCGAUCGACGACGCUGGAACGUACACUCUACACGCGCACAACGAAGGAUCUCAAGCGACGUACGACAUGCGGGUGUACAUCAAAGCUAAACCAAUCCUCACUAUGGACCCCGUCUACGCUCGACCCGAUGAGAUGGUCAAGUUUACCUGUACCUGCGUUGGCUAUCCCAAGCCCGAGAUGCGAUUUGCGUUCUUCCCGUGCCAGGCGGAACCCUGGGUCAACUGCUCGCAGCCGCUGCUGCCGAAGACGAUCACGGAAUAUAGUCCCGCUAGAUUGGUUGCUUCUGCUGAACCUGACGAAGAAUUGAUUCAGAGGGGUCUACGCCAGCAGGACAACGGCCUGCACAAGGACAUCAUCACCAGCGAGGACUUCAGCUUCCUGGCGAGCAGUCCCGGAUACGUGGGCUGUUCGGCGACGAACAGCGAAGGGCGUGCCUUUGCCAAGGCGGAUCUACUGAUCAGCGAUCUGGACGAGCCGGUCACGAUCGAGCUGAUAGAGCCGCGUGUGGAGGUCACGCUGGGUGACCAGGUGGAGAUUGUUUGUGCCGCAACGGUCUACAACCAUACCGAUCAGAUUGAGUUCUUCCUGGAUGGGAAUGUGCUGAGUGAAAGCAAUGGCGAGGGGAUCUCGUUUGAGAGUUGGUACGAAAGAUACGCGUACAGGAAGAAGCUGGUCAUAGCGGACGCUCAGAAGAUGCACGAAGGAGAGAUCAAGUGUCAGACGAACUUGGUGGAUUCCAAUGAGGUGGAAAGCAAAGAACUUCGGCUGGAAGUCUACAAUCCGAUUGCACCGUGGAUCGUUGAGGGUAGCGGCUCCGAAACCGUUGAGCUGAGCAUGGGAGAUGCAAACCAGUUCCUGUGUAGUGCCGAAGGAACGCCAAAGCCGAAGGUGGAAUGGCUCAAGGAUGGCCAGCUGAUGCACUUCGACAACGAUACUCCUGUGCAGGUCAUCAACGACAAUACGCUGUUCUUCCAGUUUGCAAAGGAGGAAGAUUCCGGGGAGUACACCUGUCGGGCUUCAAAUAAGGUGAGCUCGGCGGAAAAGAAGUGGACGCUGAAGGUGAAGACUGUGACGAUACGACGAACCUGGAUCUACCUGGUUCUACUGCUGCUGCUUAUCCUAAUCGUAGCCGUUAUUCUGAUCUCCUUGUUCUACUACAAGAAGAAGAAGGAAGUGCGAACCAUGAAGGAAGCUGGACUGGCAAACUUUGAAGAAGGUAACCUGGAUCAAAUGAACCCGGAACUAACGCUAGACGAGCAAGCAGAUCUGCUGCCGUACAAGAGCGAAUACGAGUUCCCCAAGGAGAAGCUAAAGCUUGGCAAACAACUGGGAGCUGGAGCGUUUGGAGUGGUUAUGAAAGCCACAGCCUCUGGCAUCAUGGUCAACGAAGAUGAAACGAUCGUUGCCGUCAAGAUGGUCAAGAAGCAGACGGAUAACGAAGUUAUGCGAGCGUUGAUAUCCGAACUGAAGAUCAUGGUCCACCUGGGACAGCAUUUGAACGUGGUGAACCUGUUGGGAGCGGUCACCAAGAACAUCGCUAAACGAGAACUCAUGGUCAUCGUGGAGUACUGUCGCUUCGGUAAUGUACAGAACUUCCUGCUGCGACACCGGACGUACUUCAUCGACCAGGUGAACACGGAAACGGGUGAAAUCGACUCAUCCAUUGAGCAGAACCAGCUCCGCUGGUCCAAGGCUGGGUACACCUACAACAGUCAGGGCUUGAAGUAUGUUAAUCUUUCGUUUUCUACGCACAACGUGAACAAUCCCAACCAAAACAACAACAACAACAAUAAUAACAACAACAACAACCAUCAACAAACGCGCCAACGGCCGCCGUCGACGACUGGGGCCACGUACAUCAACAACUAUAUCAACAGCACCAACUCCGGGGAUUAUACCAACCCGAAGGCGCAUCUCAACUCGAAGGGGUACGUGCGGCACUCGGGAAUCCAGAACAUGGGCAUGCUGGACAGCUGCAACACGGAGGCGACCGUCAUGACGUCGGUGGAAGGUGAGGAGCUCAACACGGCCAACACGGUGAGCUCGAACGAACCGCUGUGGCGCUCCAACUACGGCAUGGACUACAAGGGUCCGGCCCGCUCGGUCACCACAACCGAUCUCGUCUGCUGGGCGGCACAAGUCGCCUGCGGUAUGGAGUAUCUGGCCUCGCGGAAGGUCCUGCACGGUGAUCUGGCCGCGCGGAACAUCUUGCUGUGCGAUGACAACGUGGUCAAAAUCUGUGACUUUGGCCUGGCGCGGUCCAUGUACAAGAGCGACAACUACAAAAAGAAGGGCGAAGCGCCACUGCCGUUCAAGUGGUUGGCGUUGGAGUGCAUCAGCGAUAACGUGUUCGGAACUUAUUCGGACGUUUGGGCGUACGGAAUCGUGCUGUGGGAGUUCUUCUCGCUGGCGAAGAUCCCGUACCCGGGAAUGGAGGCCAACCAGGAGUUGUACAACAAGCUGAGGGAUGGCUAUCGGAUGGAUAAGCCGCAGUACGCUAACCAGGACGUGUACGACAUCAUGCUGAACUGCUGGAACGUGAAGCCCGAUACGCGACCCUCGUUCAAAGAUCUGAAGAGCCGGUUCAACGCGAUGCUGCCGGAGGAGUUGCGAAAUCAUUACAUCGACCUCAACGAGCCGUACUUGGCGAUGAACACCGAGAAGGAACAGCGAGGUGAACCAGACUACUUGGUUAGUUUGGCACCACCGGAAGAGAUGGCGCCAGCGGCGCCUCCAACCUACGUCAACGGUAUCAUUCUACCGCUGCCACCGAUUUCAGACAAUCCCGACUACCUGAAGAUGACGAACGCCAAGUCCGACUCGGAGGAGAGCCAGUUCGACUUUGCGGCGUUCGCCAACAGCCAGCCGUCGCCCACGCUCAAGAACAACCUGGACAGCAGUCCCCAGCAGGGCAGCAAGCGGCACAAGAAGAAGGGCAUCCCCGAGGAGAUCCCGAUGCUGCGCAACAACGGCACCUCGUUCAACUCGGACUCGGAAACGGAAGCGACCAGCCCGGUGCCGACGGUACGCACGACCAAGAUCACCCAGCCCGACCACGAGUACGCGAACCUCAAGCGGAUACGGGACGCAACGACGGCGGACAACAACGAUGCGUUCAGCAAUCCCGGCUACGUGGUCGUCAACACGGUCAACGAGAAGCGAUCAAAGUGAACACACACUUCCACACUUCCUCUCAAACACACACGCUUACUUACUUGUUAGCACACACACAAAAAUAAAGCGACAUCUGCUGUCGACAAUCCUCGAGAGUUGUCUUUAGGGAACGAGAACGAGAAUGUUACGUCCGCGACUGAGAAACGAGAAAUUUUAAUCUUUACAACAGUGAUCUUGAAAAGUGAACUAUUUUGUGAGUGUAUUUGCAAUUGUGCGUUGCUCGUUUUAGGAUCUUUCUUUUUUUUUUUAAUUCAAAACUAGGUAUUACACACAACACAGUGAAUAUAGUGGAGUAUGUCGUAGUUGGAGAUGAUUUUAUUUACAACUAGAUAGUGAAUGAUUGAGAGAAUUUUAAUACGAGAACGAGAGCUUUUAUUCACGGAGAAGCUUUUUUUGUGAACAAGGAUGCCUUGAAUGUUUUAGAUGUAACGCGAUACCUUACUCAUUUGAAUGUAAUUGUGUACAUAAAUUAUUUAAAUGUAAUUUAAGCUAAAUAGA